AUGUCCGCCGCACUGCCUACAGCUUCAUUUCUUCUCGUUUCAACUUCCUCUUUUCUUCUUCGGCCAGCUUACAAGCACAAACCGACAUUCAAAUCACCGCGUUUGCAGAGCAAGAGUGACAUUGACGGAUUUGCCUUCACAGUUUCCACCACCAAGGCCCGCAGAAACGUUUCUCUCUCCGCAACAACAACAACAACAACACCAGCAGCAGCAGCAAUUCUCCUCACCAACACCGACCUCAUCAGCAACCUCUCCACCGCCGCCAACAGCACCAUGUGCGUGAUCUUGUGGACGCGUUGCGGCCGCCGCUGGUGCGAGAACGCGGGCUACUUCACCAGCCCGGUCGUGCUCUCGGGGUGUGCGCUUCGUCAGCGCGGCACUCCGCACGACGCGUGCCCGGCGCACCGCGAGGUGCACGAGGAGGGGGACUGCCGCGCCUGCGUGGAGCGGCGCGAGCUGGAGCACCUUCGUGUGCGGGCGGCGGCGGCUGCGGCUUUGCAGCGUGCCCUCGACGCCCAACUCGGGCAGUAG